AUGGCAUCGCCACCGCCAGGCGAAGAUGCUUUUACACAUAAUCUGGCAGUUAAGCUCUCCAGAGCUCUCAACCUGAUCAAUCCUAAUGAUCUACUGGCACAUCGAGUGCAGGACAUCGCGAAGACCAACACCUUAGAGGGCUUCAUCUCUGCGGCCAAAUCAUUUGGCAAGUUCAGGGAUUCUUUUCUCGCUGAAAUACACACCGAGAUUACCUCGCAUGAAAAGCAGGAAUCCUCAGGACUUGCUUCCCAGCCCGUGCAAGGCAUUGUCGUCCAUGACAGCGAAGUUUUAGAGCCUGAUCCGGUCAGAGCUGGAGGACUUGUACGACAGGACGCACAACACACAUUCCGCCGACCUGCGAAGCCACUUGAGCCACCAACACCUCGCACUUCAUUACUUGGGCUUGACAAGCUAGCACAAGAGAAGAGGGAGGAGAAACGGGCUGCUGCUGCUGCGGGUAGUGGGGAAUCGAGGAAGAAGCCAAGGCUUGACGAUUCUGAACCACGCUUCAAAGUUCCCUCUUUACCUGCGUCUCGCACUGCUAACAUCCGUCAAAGAGGUGAAGAGACUCCUUCACACCCUGGCGGUUUGUCGGAGACGGGCAGGAAGCGCUUAGAGGAAUAUAGACGUAACCGCGAGCGCCAGCGAGAGGGUAUUACUGCUCAGCAAGAACGAAGAAACGAUGCUCCGCGCGGCCUCGGAGAGUUCGAGCGGCGAGCCAACCGUGACAGAUUUGACCGCAGAGGGCAUCGCCGGGACUGGGACGCGACGCCACGAUCAGAACGGGGCUCACGCGAGGAUGCACCCAGUGUGCGCGUGCCCAACGUUGCAUGGGACUCAACGCCACGGAGAACGGAGGACGGCCCAGGUUGGGGCUCUUCACGGAAUCGGAGAUGGGAUGCGCCUACGCCGCGGACGUCAAGAGGCGCAUCGCCUGACGAGAAUGAUGGCGCUCCUAUCAGUUUAGAUGUGCGGGAGUGGGAGGAAGAGCAGAUCCGCCUGGACCGUGAUUGGUAUACGGGCGCGGAGGAGGGCAACGUAGCUGGAGAUGAGGAUUUCAACCCACUCGCUCAGUACGAGGACCUAGCUCCGGUGAAGCAGAAAGAACUAGCUACUCGUGCAGUGAAGAAGAUAUCCGCGAAGCAAGCGCAGUACAACGCGGAUAACGAUCUCUGGGAAGCGAAUCGUAUGGUAACUUCUGGUGUCGCAACGCGAAAGGAGAUCAACCUCGACUUUGAGGAAGAAUCUGAAUCCGCGGUGCACGUCAUGGUCCAUGAUCUAAAACCACCCUUCCUCGAUGGUCGCACUGUCUUCACAACGCAGUUGGAGCCUAUCAACCCCGUCCGCGACCCGACGAGUGACAUGGCCGUCUUUGCGCGUAAGGGUAGCGCUCUGGUAAAGGAGAAGCGCGAACAGGCCGAACGUGCAAAGGCCGCUGCAAAAAUGGCUGACCUCGGCGGCACGCAGCUCGGUAACAUCAUGGGUGUAAAGAACGAAGAGGCUGCAGCAGAAGGUACGUGUAUUUGUAUCGGCCUACGAUGGCGCUUUGUCGGAUCGCACAUUCACGUAGUGCUCCUGGUUCUGAUCUGCAGCCGAAGCCGAGGCUAA